CAGCGGGACUGUGGCCCUGCGACGGCGCCGCUCGGACUCUCGGCCCAGGACUCGUCGCCCCGUCGUGUGUUCCUCUUCCGACGCUUCUCUCGUCUUAAGCCCGCGUGCCCUCACCCACGACCUCGCUCCUCAGCGGGAGGGCCGCGAUGGAGGUCCCGCCCCGGCUCUCCCAUGUGCCGCCGCCAUUGUUCCCCUCCGCUCCCGCUACUUUAGCCUCCCGCAGCCUUUCCCAUUGGCGGCCGCGAGCGCCGCGGCAGCUCGCCCCGCUCCUCCCUUCGCUCGCUGCCAGCUCCGCCCGGCAGGGGGCGCGCCGGGCUCAGCGCCACGUCACCGCGCAGCAGCCCUCGCGAUUGGCGGGCGGGGCGGCUAUAAAGGGAGGGCGCAGGCGGCGCCCGGAUCUCUUCCGCCGCCAUUUUAAAUCCGGCUCCAUACAACGCUCCGCCGCCGCUGCCGCCGCGACCCGGACUGCGCGCCAGCACCCCCCGGCCGACAGCUCCGCCGCCAUGGAGGACAUGAACGAGUACAGCAACAUAGAGGAGUUCGCAGAGGGAUCCAAGAUCAACGCGAGCAAGAACCAGCAGGAUGACGGUAAAAUGUUUAUUGGAGGCUUGAGCUGGGAUACAAGCAAGAAAGAUCUGACUGAGUAUUUGUCCCGAUUUGGGGAAGUGGUGGACUGUACGAUUAAGACAGACCCGGUGACCGGAAGAUCGAGAGGAUUCGGGUUUGUGCUUUUCAAAGACGCUGCUAGUGUCGACAAGGUUUUGGAACUGAAAGAACACAAACUGGAUGGCAAAUUGAUAGACCCCAAAAGGGCCAAAGCUUUAAAAGGGAAAGAACCGCCCAAAAAGGUUUUUGUGGGCGGAUUGAGCCCAGAUACUUCUGAAGAACAAAUUAAAGAAUAUUUUGGAGCCUUUGGAGAGAUUGAAAAUAUUGAACUUCCCAUGGAUACAAAAACAAACGAAAGAAGAGGAUUUUGUUUUAUCACGUAUACAGAUGAAGAGCCAGUAAAGAAAUUAUUAGAAAGCAGAUAUCAUCAAAUCGGUUCUGGGAAGUGUGAAAUCAAAGUUGCACAACCCAAAGAGGUAUACAGGCAGCAACAGCAGCAACAAAAAGGAGGAAGAGGUGCUGCAGCUGGUGGACGAGGUGGCACUAGGGGUCGUGGACGAGGUCAGGGCCAAAACUGGAACCAAGGAUUUAAUAACUAUUAUGAUCAAGGAUAUGGAAAUUACAAUAGUGCCUAUGGUGGUGAUCAAAACUAUAGUGGCUAUGGCGGCUAUGAUUAUACUGGGUAUAACUAUGGGAACUAUGGAUAUGGACAGGGAUAUGCAGACUACAGUGGCCAACAGAGCACUUACGGCAAGGCAUCUCGAGGGGGUGGCAAUCACCAAAACAAUUACCAGCCAUACUAAAGGAGGACGUUGGAGAAAACAGCGGGAACUUCAUUGCAGGCCGUGUGUCACCCUGACCACGUCUAUCUCUGGGGGUCGCACGUUGCGGGCAGAGCGCAAGGCAUACACCAGAAAACGCUGUCCUGUGGUAUGGUCUCUUCCAACUUCAUGUACCAGCGUAAAGAUUAAAGUGGAAAACUUCAGACUUUGGCUUCUUUUUUAAUCUUUUUGAAGAUUAAGUGUCUAAACUUAACUUAAAUGGUUUUUUACAGGAGUUAAAGUACAUAAAUGCCUUUUUACAGCUUAAUCAUUUUGGUCUUCUGUUUAGUGUUGUAUUUCAAUUGUGGAGCCUCAUUUUAAGUGUUCAUUCUUUAAGAUUUAAUGCUUGCUUUUUCUUUUUAUAGCUAAUAGUGAAAUCUACAAACCAAAACAAGAACUUUAAAAUCUGGGAUAUAAAUUAAAGAUCAUAUGCACAAAGCAAUUUGUUUUCUUAAAAUAUAAAAGCUUAUUAGAAAUUCACGUUUGUAAAAGGGUUUUUUGGCUUACUAGAGAUACUUCUAGUAGACCUUAAUCUAGCACAGUUUAACCUGUGAAAUGGGAACAUUGCAUUCCCCAGUUCCUUAACUAAGUUAACUAUUUGGGAACUCCAGGGUGAAUUUAUUAAUGACCCAAAUUAUAUUUGGCCAUUGAGUAUGCAUGUGAUCUUUAAUUAUUGAAGAAAAGAAUAAAUUGAGGACUUAAAACAAUUCAUGAAAGUGGACCUUUGAAAGCUUUCAGAGUUGCACAAAUCUAAUUGCUAUUUUGUUUUUGUUUUUAGGAGGAAAUUGCUAAAGUUAACCCAUCUUGCAGGACGACAAUGAAGAUUGGUCUUCUGUUGAUCUAAGAUGAUUAUUUUGUAAAAGACUUUCUAGUGUACAAGACACAACUGUGUCCAGCUGUAUAUAGCCGCCAAUUAGUUUUCUUUGUUUUUACUUUGUCUUUUGCUAUCUGUGUUAUGACUCGAUGUGGAUUUGUGUUUAUACAAAUUUUAUUUGUAUGAUUUCAUGUUAAACCUCAAAUAAAUGCUUCCUUAUGUGAUUGUU